AUGGUGAGAGCCGCUUUGGCCCAAAAUCUAACUGUCGAAUUCUUCACACCGAACAACACAAUGAAAUACUUAGCUGCUUACUUAUUGUUGGUUAACGCCGGUAACGCUGCCCCAUCUGCCGCUGACAUCAAGAAGGUCCUUGAGUCUGUCUCCAUUGAGGUUGAGGACGAGAAGGUUGACCAGUUGUUGGCUGAGGUCGAUGGCAAGAACUUCGAGGAGUUGAUUGCUGAGGGAACCGAGAAGUUGUCUGCUGUGCCAACUGGUGCUCCAGCUGCUUCUGGUGCUGCCGCUGGUGGUGCUGCUCCUGAGGCUGCUGCUGAGGAGAAGGAGGAAGAGGCCGCCGAGGAGUCUGACGAUGACAUGGGCUUCGGUUUGUUCGACUAA